CGUUUCCCUCUAAACCUCUUGUCUUCGAGUCGUCCUUGCUGGGAAACACUCGGAUCUUCACACGGGUGCUUGUGAGACGUCCUCGAGGACCCAGCCCAGAGAACACAGCUAACCAAACACACAUCUCAGAGCUACACUGGUCGUGUCUCAUGGUCGUCAGUGUUGAAGCGGGCAUUGGGAUUGGUUGGUGAGCGUGGCUCCUCAGAGCUGUGGGAUGUCCAUCUGACUCAACGACGCGAAUGACAGCUAUUCGUCUACAGGUGGGGCCCGCCUCAGUCUCACAUGAUUGGCUGCUGGAUGGAAUUAAGGUGAAUGGAACACAUGCCCAAGGAGCAGGACCUUAACCAAUCAGAGAGAGAAGAGAAACGGUGGCUCAAUGGCCCAAAAAGGAAGAGAAAGAAUAGUCAGUGUUCGUUGAAGAGCAUGUCAGGGUACAUCCCGAGUUAUCUAGAGAAGGAUGAGCCGUGUGUGGUGUGUGGAGACAAAGCCACUGGCUACCACUACCGCUGCAUAACCUGCGAGGGCUGCAAGGGUUUUUUCCGGCGCACCAUCCAGAAGAACCUGCACCCGUCGUAUUCCUGCAAGUACGAUGGCUGCUGCAUCAUCGACAAGAUCACACGCAACCAGUGCCAGCUGUGCCGCUUCAAGAAGUGCAUCGCAGUGGGCAUGGCCAUGGACCUGGUUCUGGACGAGGCGAAGCGGGUGGCCAAGAGGCGUCUCAUCGAGGAGAACCGGGAGAAGAGGAAGAAGGAGGAGAUGGUGAAGACCCUGCAGAACCGGCCCGAGCCGACGGGUACAGAGUGGGAGUUGAUCCGCCUCGUGACCGAGGCUCACCGCCACACCAACGCCCAGGGCUCACACUGGAAACAGAAACGCAAGUUCCUGCCUGAAGACAUCGGCCAGUCGCCGGUAGCUCCCACGUCAGACGGGGAUAAAGUCGACCUGGAGGCCUUCAGCGAGUUUACCAAGAUCAUCACGCCAGCCAUCACACGCGUCGUAGACUUUGCCAAAAAACUGCCCAUGUUUUCAGAGCUGCCUUGUGAGGAUCAGAUCAUCCUGCUGAAGGGCUGCUGUAUGGAGAUCAUGUCUCUGCGGGCGGCGGUGAGGUACGACCCGGAGAGCGAGACUCUGACGCUGAGCGGAGAGAUGGCCGUGAAGAGGGAGCAGCUGAAGAACGGCGGCCUGGGCGUAGUCUCCGACGCCAUCUUCGACCUGGGCAAGAGCCUCGCGCAGUUCAACCUGGACGACACGGAGGUGGCGCUGCUGCAGGCCGUGCUGCUCAUGAGCUCAGACCGCUCAGGUUUGACGUGCAUGGAGAAGAUCGAGAAGUGCCAGGAGACGUACCUGCUGGCGUUCGAGCACUACAUCAACUAUCGCAAGCACAACAUUCCCCACUUCUGGCCCAAGCUGCUGAUGAAGGUGACGGACCUGCGCAUGAUCGGCGCGUGCCACGCCAGCCGCUUCCUGCACAUGAAGGUGGAGUGUCCCACCGAGCUGUUUCCUCCGCUCUUCCUCGAGGUCUUCGAGGACCAGGAAGUGUGAGCGCUGGAAAGGAACGGCACCUUUUCUUUUUUUUUUUUUUUUUUUUUUUUUUACUAAAAAAAAAAAAAAAAAAAAACACGGGAAAAAAAAAAAAAACAAAAACAUACACACACCCGACCAUCUCCGUCCUUUUAAACACGUCGACACGGUCCCGAUCCCGACCCCACCUCGUCCUCGUCCGCCUUCCUAUCCUACGCAUCAGAUGCACCAGCAGCAUGAUGGCAGAGGCAGAGGCGGCGCCAAGACCUUCUCCGGGGCUCGUGUUCUCCUUCGAUGUGUUGCAGAAGCGGCUAUUUAUUCUACAUUUGCUUUUCACGGAGUGUUUAACCCCUCCCCCUUUAGAUUUUCUCCGCCAGCCGAUUUACAGGUGGCCCUUCUGUCUCUGCGCUACGUCUUAGACUGAGCUACCUGAAACUGAAAUUAGCAGCUAUGGACAGACACACACACACACACACACACACACACACACACACACACUUACACGUUUAACCUCAAAUCAGAACACUUUAACACACACACACACACACACUACUCUCACACCAGCUACUCAGAGCAGCUCUGUUGCACAGGGCGUGUACAAAACCAAGGCGUUAACCAGCGCUAGAUUUGUGUUAGCCGGUGGUCAGGCCGUUUCAGUAGUCUAAAAUCAUCCUGGUACCACUAGCAAUGACCACCAGUGUCUCUCUCGUUCUCUUUUUUUUCCCUCUCACACACACACGAGUAGAUCAGCAGUAGUAGUAGUGUCAUAGGACGACUCGAACAGACCUCAUUUCACUGAUCGUAGCGAGCGCGAGCCCGUGUGCUGGCUGGGAGGAACGUUUUCGAACCAAAGCAGGUGCUGUAUUUUAAUCCUUAGCUACUCGGAACCGAUUCCGGACGUUUGAGACGUAUGCACACUCGUCCGCCUGGACGUCGACCCCUUCACUCGUUCGCCUGGACGCAGACUCGCGAGUUUGCGGUUCUGCCUGGUCGUGGCCUGGGUUUGUAGCGCCGACGCUCCGCGGCGGAACGUAUCGAGUGGACGGGUUUUCGACGGCCUUCGCGAGAUGUUCAUAACUCUCAUCACAUAUUUCGAGGUGUCUAGAAUCGACUACGGACAGACACGGACACGUUCCGGAGAGAUAGAAGUGGGGGCGCAGUGUUCCGUGUCGGCAAGCGGUCAGAUAAACAAAUGAUUUGUGGAAUAAACAAAAGAAUAUAAUAAUUAGCUUGAACAUUAACGUUAAUGUGGGCGGAUGUGGAUCAGGUGGUAGAGCGGGUCGUGGAAUAAUCGUAGGGUCGGUGGGUCGGUUCCCGGCCCACGUGACUCGCAUACCGUGUCCCUGGGCGAGACCCUGAACCCCAAGUUCAUGGCUAGCUGUGGCAAGCUAGCACCUAGCGCCUUUGUAGAACCGCUAAAGUGCUAUAUAAGUGCAUAAGAUUUACCAACAUACAGCGUUCAGUCAUUCAUGCUUAGUAACGGCCCGGUCUCAAUUCACUAGCUGAGACUAAAUAUGAGCUGGAGUGAUGUCGAGGAACGCUCCGAGUCAGAAUUCACACAUUUCUACCUCUUGGGUUUUAACAGUGUUUCUGGGGGCCUAGUGAUCGUUUAGGCCACACCCACUUUCGGUUUAAAGUAAACCCGAUAUAGACGUGUAUUUGGAGCACGAAACAGAUGUAGAAAGUGGCAAUUCUUUCGAGUGUUAUAAUUGAAAUAUAUGAUGGCUUUUCACUCGACUCGCUUUCGCAUAAGCGUGUAGUUCAAGCCUUUCGCACGGAGUAAGCACGCAGGACACAUCUCGGUUCGUCGCUGCUCAUUCUCUAAUAAAAGAUAUCUAAACGUUACAGAGUUUAGCGAGGCUGAAAGACCUUUCGCGCCACGCAAACAGAGGAUCAUAGAAAGUGAAAAUAUCUCGGAGACGGUCGGACGUGGCUGGUAUUUCAUAAUUAGAAGAUAAACCUAAAUGUAUGAUUAUUGAACUUGUUUUGUUUGGUUUAAUAGGUAAUAAAUGAUACACGCACCCGACUGUUCAUAAGAUAUCUUCACUUCCUGUCAUUUUUUUUUUUUUUUUUUGCGCCGUGAGAUGAAAUGUUUACAAACUUUAUAUCCUUCUCAAACCUGCAAACGGAUUUCCAGAUGGUUUUUUUGUUUGUUUGUUUGUUUUUCCCCUCCUCGAAAACGACCGGGUUUCAAUCCCGAUUCGAGGCGCGCGAGCGUCGCUGAGCACGCGAUUGACGUGUGACGUUGCGUGCGUGAGGAAAUCGUACGUCGCUAGACGCUUCGCUAGCCGGCUCACUGCCCGCUUUGCACGACAGAGAUAUCUGAAGGGUUUUUUCCCGGUCCGACAGCUUUUCCGUUUUCUGGCACUUACACGCGCUGUCGCGAAACGUCACGCCGUGAAAUCUGCGCGUCGGAUAAACCAAACGAAAAUAAAAUCCCGCCCGCCGUCUUCACGUCCUGCGCCUAAUGCGUUGUAGAGUAAAACACCGAACAACAAAGAGCCACGUUGCUAGCUAACGGGCAAAGCUAACUUUCAGUAGAACCUCGUCAUGCUUGCCUUGUUACUAUAGCAACCGAUUUGAUUAUCGCAAGCACGUGGCUACAGUGUCGACUAAUGAGUCGCAUUUUUCUUACCUUAGCCAUACGGCUAAGGUAAGAAAACCAGGCUCGUAUGCUAACCAGGCUAAUGAAAAAGCACUGAAUAGUAUUAAGUUCCUCCCAGACCGAACACACACACACACACACACACACACACACACACACACGCGCGCACACACCUCAGAAACCUGUAAAGCCUCAUUACUGUAUGCACUGCAGUGCUGUUGCUCUAAAACCGUCUCCACUUUACCCCCAUCCCGGGCACAGACGUCGCUCUGGGUGCGACACACACACACACACACACACACACACACACACACACACACAGUGAUGAGUGUAGACAGAGCAGGCAGGCUACCGACAUGAUGGAUUGGCUGUUUUAUGGUAUUGUUGUUUAAUUAUUAUUAUUUUUUUGUACCUCAGUUCGGGCACACCUCUGGCUGUGGCUCCACAACUGCCUCUGUGCUGACAGGCUCUACCUCACCUCUGAACAGAGAGCAGCUACCUCACAGCCUCCUCCUCUCACACACACACACACACACACACACACACACACAUAGACACAUUCUUGAACACACUGACGUAUUCAUGAGCAGGAACUAAAUCGAAAACGAACACACUGACUCAGCUCUCGCUCUUGUCGGAAUACCACUGUAGACAGGAGGGCCGACCAUUCCUCAUCCUCGUCCUCGUCCUCGUCCUCUUCCUCUUCCUCUUCCUCACUUAUCAUCUUUUUUCUCACUGAGAGGCCGAGAGGACAACAAAGGACAGUUUCCCUGAUUUGUUUUGUUUUUUUCGUACCUUAUUUUUCUUUUCUUUUUUUUUUAUUUCCUUCAAAUAAAUAAAUAAAAUAAAUAAAUAAGUGGGGCCAAUCGACACAUCGGAAAUUCGGAACGUCCCCGUUUCCAUUCCAUUAAAAAUGGACGCCGAGGUGAGCGGAAAAGUGAAAGCGAGAGGAAUUUUAUUGUUAUUUUUCUUUUUUCUUUUUUUUUCUUUUUUCUUUUCUUUUUUUUUUUUUUAAAGUGUUGUCGCUCUAAAAAUCAAGCAGCGGACGUGGAUUUGAUGGGAGAAAAUGAAGAUCCGACAGAAGGCUGGCCAAAAAAAAGAAAAGGCUCAGUCUAAAAACAACAACAACAACAACAACAACAACAACAACAAGAACGAAACGUUGUGCUUGGAAUAUUUUGUGAACGAAAAAAAAAAAAUAGAUGAAAGUGGGCAUGAUCUUGAUUCGUCUUAGCAUCAGUCCUAAAACCACAACGUUACUUGAUUUUAAACUUCGGAAAUAGCCAAUCCCUUCCUACCUCUCAGAAUCAGUAUUACAACUACCACCACCAUGCUUCUACUCCAAAAAAACUAAACAAAUCAAAUGCUCAUACUUUGUGUGACUCAUCGCCCCUACGUCCUCUGCCACUGGAUAAGCCCCGCCCUUAUGAGACAAGGUUGAGCCUUGGCCACGCCUACACCCCACCACCACCGAGGUAAUGAACCGGCUGAGCAUAUGCUCUCAAAGAGGGUCAAAGUUCGCCGAGCUCUAAACGCAAACCAGAACGGAGGCUUGUCCUUCUUCUCGGAUAUAUACACUGGUCCAUGUUGCCCCGCCCACUUUCAUCAAGGAAUCCUGUAGCCCCGCCUCAAAAGCAAGAGAAACCAAAUCACGUGUCAAGGAAUCACCACGGCGAUGACGACGACGACGACGAUGACGAUGAUGAUGGCGUCGCCGGUUUUGAUAUCGAUUUUGGGUUUGUGUGCAUAACAGCAGGGGGUGAUGAAGCUGCUCUACCUUUCGAGUCUAAUUUUAUUUCAGAGACAAAAAAAUAAAUAAAUAUGGAGAAAUUCUAACAAAGAAAAGAAAACGAAGCUUAAAAAAAAAAGAAAAAGAAAAAAAAGAAAAAAGAAAGAAACGACUUUCAGGACUCCAGAACAAUGUUUUAAAAAAUUGGAGCUAUUUCUGUUGGUUUUUUUUUUUUGUUUGUUUGUUUGUUUUUGUUUUUUUGUUUUCCUUAAUCUUGAUGUUUUUUGUUCGUUCGUUCGUUCGUUCGUUCGUCCGUCAGUUUUAUGGUGCUUAACUGCUAUGUAAGAAAGAAAAAAAAAAAACAGCCGUAGUCACUUUUUUGACCAUGCGUGCAGUGUAUGUAAAAAAAAACAACAACAAAAAAAGCAAGAAAAAAAAACAAAACAACUCAAGACAAGAAUUUCACCUCCUUUUUCACCUCACGAAUAGUUUGUACCCAUACGCCAACGCGCCCUGUUUGUCUGUAUAUCUGUCCUCAUGUCCGUCCUUUUAUCCAGAUGAUGAAUUUACACCAACAACAAAAGAUAUGACGAUAGGAAUUUUUUUAACGUUUUUUUUUUUUUUUAAUGAACGAAGACUCUGAAACAUAAAAAAAAAAAAGCAGGAAAAAUAAUGCAAAAGUGACUGAAAAUAUCUAUAUAUUAAAAAAAAAAAAAAAAAAAAAAAAAAAAGCCCUGAAACACAAUCUACUCAUACCUCACACAACACGAGACUCAAACGAACUUGGGAGGAGCGCUUUAUCGGCGAGGCACUGUGUACGAGCGCGGCGAGUGUGUAUGUACGGAGACGUACGACGAGGUAAAAGCGCAGAAACGUCAGUCGUUAUCUCACGCGCGCGCACGCGCAUGCACACGCACGGGUUAGUCGAGCAUGGGGCUGGAGCUUAGCUAGGGAGUGGUCAUGCAAUGCAAAUAACUGCGACUGACUGCGAUCGGUGUGUACGCCUGCUUGUGUGUGUGUGUGUGUGUGUGUGAGACAUCGGAGAGCGUCUCAUGGACUUGAAUGUAGCUGACAGGACUGGGUUUCUAAGCGAGCCCGGUAAACCAGAACCUCACUUCAGGUCACCAGCAGAGUGGACUUUACUGUUGAGAAAAAAAAAAAAUAAUAAAUAAAUAUAUAUAUAUAUAUAUAUGUUACACAACAACAAACUGAGAAUCUAUUGUCUAUAAUCCGCCUGCAAGGUGCAAUUGUUCAUUUUUUGUCCUUUUUUUUUUACCUUGUUUGUUUUUAUGUUAAGUUUUUAUUCUGACCAUAAGCAAGGAUGUAAAUACAACAACAACAACAACAACAAAAAAAACAACCUCAAAUGAUUAUUUCAGUAUACGAUAUGUCAUGCAUAUGCAACACUCUGUGUGUGUAUGUAUGUAUAUAUAUAUAUAUAUAUAUAUAUAUAUAUAUAUAUAUAUAUAUAUAUUUAUAUAUACUGGACGUUCACGAGGUCAGGAAAAUCAUGACGAGCGAUUCCCACCACCGUGUAAAAACACCGUGCAUAAAUAACUGCAUACACAGUACGUGGCUCUCUACGACGGCUUCGUGCAUCAGGACGUGUGCUCGUGUGCACCGCGAAUGCGCACGUCGAACUUUUGUGAUGAUAAAAAAAAACAAAAAGAACAAGUGCCCCCUGUUGGUUCGUCGAUCCCCGUGCCUCGUCCCCUCACUCAGAGCCGCCGUGGACGCUUUCUGCCUUAGUGUGUUUGAUCGAAUGGAGGGAUUGAUAGAAAAGCGAGAGUCCCGUGAGUUAUAAUAACUAUUAUUUUUAAAAAUAUAGAUUAAAUAAAUAAAUAAAUGAAUGAAUGAAGCAUUAUCGAUGUCAAACAGGCAUUCCGUGUGGAGGUGGAAAAGUGGAAAAGGGUUUUUUUGUUUGUUUGUUUGUUUGUUUGUUUGUUUGUUUGUUUUUUUGUUCUUCUGGGUUUCUUUCUUUCUUUUUGCCAAAUGUAGACCUUUGUAGCAAGAAUGUCUAUGCAACGAGCUUCCCUCACCCUCCCUGACACUCCACUCCUGCUGCAGCUGCAUGAGCCUGGGCGUGGGAACGCACACGGCCGUCCGUCUGUCCGUCUGUCCGUCUGUCUGUCUGUCUGUCCGUCUCAGCUCUGAGAAGAAGAAAGAAAAAAAACAAGCCCAAGCUUAGAUAGCGCUCGCCAAUGUCUUACUGUGUGUGUGUGUGUGUGUGUGUGUGUGUGUGAUGGACGCUCUCAUGGCUCGGUGGAUCGCUAUUUGCUUGCGUUUCCUCAUUUGUAAGUCGCUUAAGUGCUAAAUGAAUAAAUGUAAAUGUACUACCUUAAGAAAAAAAAGAAAGAAAGAAAGCAAGAAAAAGAGCGAAGGCUACUUGAAGAUGAAUGGAUAAAAGAAAUGAAUGUGUGCUUAACACGGCGCUGAACUUCCUCACGGUUCUACAAACUGACUUAUAACGGAAAGUCUACGGGCAGCGGUUUUAAAUUCCAUCAAUGAACCUUAUAAUAUGCGAAAUGAUUCGUAAAGCAGUGUGCUAACUCCGCACUUAACCUCGACCUUAACCUGCACGUUCUUUACGUUUGAUGCAGUCUGAGCAGGGUCGGCGCCAGGGCACGUGUCACUGGGUGGGUGGGCCUCGAUGCGUCACUGGGUGGGCCUACCUCGCCCACCUCACUAAAAUUAGCAUAGUAAUCAUUUAAAAGAAUGAAGGCAGCUGGAUCAUUUUGGGUUGUGUGUAGUGGAAAGAGACGCUCGCAUUUCAGAUUACCUUAGCCAAUAAUAAUAAUAAUAAUAAUAAUAAUAAUAAUAAUAAUAAUUCCACGUCACUAAAUCUAUGUUUAAGCAAAUAUCAAGCGUGGCACACUAUAAAAACCAUCGUGCCAUCACCCGACGACGCUAAAGAGCAAGACUACGCAUAAAGCACUCAUGUAAAUAAUAACGACCAGCGUUAGUUUAAAAAAAUGUAGUUAAUUAUUAAUAUUUCAAGAAAUAAGAGUCCCUGCGGCUUAAAUCGGGUUCAGGGGUGGGGUGGGGUAGGGUGGAGUGGAGUGGGGUGGGGCGCUUACCAGAGGUGAGGGGACACAGUGAUGUAGGUGGCCGGGCCCCCUGUGCCCCUGUUUUGGCGCCAACGUUGAAUCUGAGUUAACCAGCUGUUAUGAAUGUUAAAAUCCGUAUAAUCUGGUAUAAUUUAAAGGGAAGGAAGUUGUGUCUAUGCGUUAAUAAUGCAGUCGCCCUUGAUGGUGGAAGAAAGCGUAAAUAAUGUUUUAUUAUUUUUAUUAUCAUUUAAAUCACAUAACGUUAAAAAGUGAUCAUUGUGAGGUCUGUUUUCUUUGACUUUUUCCCCCUUUUCUUUAUUAUGAUUCAUAUAUAAUAUAAAUAUAAUAUAUUUUUUAAUGGCAGUAUUUAAUGUCACUGUAAUUUUCAGGUCCAUUUUUUUUUUAUUUUCUUUUUAACAUUUUUUUAUUUAUUUUUUUCCACACUGUGUCGAAAAGUCGUAUAAAACUCUGUAAGAUAACUCUUUCGGAAGACGUCCGCGUGUGUUUAAUUCUAACAGCUUUCUCUUUAGAGCGUAACAACGACGGUGUGCUUUUUAAAAAAAAUGUUUUUACCAGCUGCCUUUCGACUUCCGUUCGAAGCGAGUUUUUUUCGCGCUUUUCUCAGCGCGAGGAAACGUGUUGAAAUCCGCGUCUAAUGUCGCCACGUAUAAAGCGCUAAACGGUUUGUCCGUCGUGGACGCUUUCUGCCUUAGCGCGUUUCAUCGAAUGGAGGGACUGAUAGAAAAGCAAGAGUCCCGUCGGUUAUAAUAACUAUUAUUUUUAAAUAAAUAAAUAAAUAAAUAAAGCCUUAUUGGUAAAUAAAGGUAAAUAGAGAUUUAAAUAGAGUCACUUACGUUAAACUCGAUAUAUUUAAUCCCGCACCCUGGUCACGUGACCCUAAAUUCUCACCUGAUUACGUUGUAUUUGGAGCGAACCGAAUCAGUCUGGACGUGACCCGAGUGUGAAACACGCUAAUGAUAACACACCGAUCCAUGAGAGUGUGUGAGGAGAGCAGGAUGAUGUUCGCUCCACAUCUGUUUAUCAGUGACGGGAAUAAAUAAAUAAAUAAAUAAAUAAAUAAAUAAAUAAAUAAAUUCU